UGAGGGAAAUUUCCAUUUGUUCAGAGCGGACAAUCGUGGAAAGGAUUUUUUCCCGAAAACCUGCUUCCAAAAGCAGCUGGUUCGCUAUUUUGCGGAAGUCAGAGCCUCACCAGGUCCCGGCGGAUCUCCUCCACAGUCUCUUAGAUAAAAUUUGUUCCAACACCGCCUUAAAGGGGCAGCCACACUGGUAGGAACUAACUCUUAAAGAGACAGGAAGAUCGGCUGGUCUGAAAUUCCUACAGAGACGGGUCACUCUCGGCUUCUCGGCCUCGCCCUUCCUGUCUGUGAAAUGGACUCCGGGUGAAUCCAAAUAGGAACGCCUCAGUCUGCGUCCUGCUCCUCCAGGACUACAAGUCCCAAGGUGCUCGAGGCGACCUCGGCUGCCCCCGCUUCGGGACCCGCCCCCCCUCCAGCCCGAGUCACGUCGUCCAACCUGUUCCCAGCGCCUGCCCCGCCCCAUCCUCCGUUCCCCGCAACCAGAGCCCGAGCUGGAGCCGGAGGAAGCCCCCAGGUGCCGGGAUCUGCCCUGGAUCCGCGCCCCGUUUCGGCCGGCACCAUGGACAGCGAGGCAUUCCAGAGCGCGCGGGACCUUCUGGACCUGAAUUUCCAGUCGCUGGCCAUGAAGCACAUGGACCUGAAGCAGAUGGAGCUGGAUACCGCGGCGGCCAAGGUGGACGAACUGACCAAGCAGCUGGAGUCUCUGUGGUCAGACUCGCCGGCGCCUCCUGGCCCGCAAGCUGGGGCCCCCCCCAGGCUGUCUCGGUAUAGUGCCAGCCCCAUCCCCGAGCCCUCUGGGAGCCGAGGGGCCCCCCGGAAGGCGACUACCGACAACGCAGACGCCUCGUUCGGACGCUCCGAGAGUGCCCCAACCCUGCUGUCCUACAGCCCGCUGUCCGCCAAGGGCCGGCCGUCGUCGCCACGCACCCCGCUCUAUCUGCAGCCAGACGCCUACGGCAGCCUGGACCGCGCGCCCUCGCCCCGGCCCCGCCCCUUCGAUGGCUCGGGCAGUCCCCUCGGCCGUGCGCCCUCCCCGCGGCCCGGCCCGCUCCGCCAGCAGGGUCCCCCCACGCCCUUCGACUUCCUAGGCCGCGCGGGCUCCCCCCGCGGCAGCCCCCUGGCCGAGGGGCCGCAGGCCUUCUUCCCCGAGCGCGGGCCCUCGCCACGGCCCCCUGCAGCCGGCUACGACUCACCCGCUGCCUUUGGAAGCCCCCUGCUGGGCGCGGGCGGCAGCGCCUUCGCUCCACCUAUGCGCGCGCAAGACGACCUGACACUGCGCCGGCGGCCCCCCAAAGCCUGGAACGAGUCUGACCUGGACGUGGCGUAUGAGAAGAAGCCUUCGCAGACAGCGAGCUAUGAACGCCUGGAUGUCUUUGCACGGCCCGCCUCGCCGGGCCUACAGCUGUUGCCCUGGAGAGAGAGCAGCCUGGAUGCGCUAGGGGCCACUGGCAAGGACAACCUCACCAGCGCCACCCUGCCGCGCAAUUACAAGGUCUCCCCUCUGGCCAAUGACAGGCGUUCUGAUGUGGGCAGCUAUCGCCGCUCACUGGGCUCCGGAGGGCCAUCAGGCACUUUGCCCCGCAGCUGGCAGCCUGUCAGCCGCAUCCCCAUGCCUCCUUCCAGCCCCCAGCCCCGCAGUGCCCCACGCCAGCGCCCCAUCCCCCUCAGCAUGAUAUUCAAGCUGCAGAAUGCCUUCUGGGAGCAUGGGGCCAGCAGGGCCAUGUUCCCUGGAUCCCCCAUCUUCAACCGAGCACCCCCGCCUAAGCUGCCUCCCCAGUCCCAGCCACCUCCCCGGCCCCAGCCCCAAACCCAGCCCCAGCUACCCCCACAGCCCCAGCCCCAGCCCCAGCCUCAGCCCCAGCCCCAAACCCCUACCCUAGCCUCUCAGCCUCCCCAACAGACAUGGCCCCUUAUGAACGAAGGCUUCCCCAAAACCCCAGUCGAGCUGGAGCCUGAGCCAGAGCUAGAGGUGCUGCUGACACCAGUGUUGGAGGCUGGUGAUGCGGAUGAAGGCAGUGUAACUCGGCCCCUCAGCCCCACAAGGCUGCAGCCAGCAUUGCCACCUGAGGCACAGUCAGUGCCUGAGCUGGAGGAGGUGGCACGGGUGCUGGCGGAGAUUCCUCGGCCCCUCAAACGCAGGGGGUCCAUGGAGCAAAGCCCUGCCGUGGCCCUGCCCCCCACCCACAAGAAGCAGUACCAGCAGAUUAUCAGCCGCCUCUUUCAUCGUCACGGUGGGCCAGGGUCUGGGGGACCUGAGCCAGAGCUGUCCUCCAUCACUGAGGGAUCUGAGGCCAGGGCAGGACCCCCUGCUCCCGCCCCACCAGCUCCCAUAUCACCCCCAGCCCCACUCCAGAGCAGCCCACCAGAGCAGCUGCAGAGCAUGGAGAUGCGCUCUGUGCUGCGGAAGGCGGGCUCCCCGCGCAAGGCCCGCCGCGCGCGCCUCAACCCACUGGUUCUGCUGCUGGACGCUGCGCUGACCGGGGAGCUGGAGGUGGUGCAGCAGGCGGUGAAGGAGAUGAACGACCCGAGCCAGCCCAACGAGGAGGGCAUCACGGCCCUGCACAACGCCAUCUGCGGUGCCAACUACCCCAUAGUGGACUUCCUCAUCGCCGCGGGCGCCAACGUCAACUCCCCCGACAGCCACGGCUGGACACCGUUGCACUGUGCGGCGUCGUGCAACGACACGGCCAUCUGCACCGCGCUAGUGCAGCAUGGCGCCGCGAUCUUCGCCACCACGCUCAGCGAUGGCGCCACCGCCAUUGAGAAGUGCGACCCCUACCGCGAGGGUUAUGCUGACUGCGCCACCUACCUGGCAGAUGUGGAGCAGAGUAUGGGGCUGAUGUACAACGGGACAGUGUACGCUCUCUGGGACUACAGCGCCGAGUUCGGGGAUGAGCUGUCCUUCCGCGAGGGCGAGUCGGUCACCGUGCUGCGGAGGGACGCUCCAGAGGAGACCGAUUGGUGGUGGGCUGCACUGCACGGCCAGGAGGGCUACGUGCCCCGUAACUACUUCGGGCUCUUCCCCAGGGUGAAGCCACCCAGGAAUAAAGUCUGAGAGGACAGAAGGACGUUUCUGGGGGAAACAGAAGCAAGCAGCCCUGCCUUCACUACAGACCUCCCCCCAUAUACUGCUACAUGUACCUGCGCCCCUAGUGCUACAGGAGUGGCAUGCUCACCAGGUUCUCUGCUCUCCUGGGAGCCCAGGGGAGAAGGAUAACCUUGGCCUUAAGUUUAAGAACCUGCCUUAGCUGUGGGAGGUCCAGGUGAGACUGGGAAUCAUUGGGGAGAGGAGAUCCUCCAUUUGCCAAAUCAGAUUCUGUCCAAGUGCCUCCCACUACUGCCACACACACCCCACCCCCAGCAAGCCAACCUACCAUCCCAGCUGAGCCUGGGAGAGGUGACCACCACUUGAUUUCCCUGGGAAUCACCUCUGACCCCAUCUCUCCCAGCAUCCUUGGGGGCCAGGUGAGGCACAUUGGUCUGUACCCGGAUCCCACUGCCCCGCCCCCCCCAAGUUAAGUGCCUUCACACAGUGCUGGUUUUAUGUUUAUAACAAAACGGGGAAGUUUUCUUUAUAAAUAAAGGUAGUU